AUGGUCGAAGCCAGCGAGAUCAAACUAGAGCCCGGAGAUGUCGACCAGUCAACAGAGGUAGCAAGCACGCACGUAUUACAAGAUGAUGUUUCAAGAUCGGAGUCGCGAGAAGUCACCACAGUUCCUCUGAUCAACACCACCGCCACCCCAACCCCGGAAUACACUUGCCGAUGGGUUGAAUGCAAUGACAAGGAACACGCAAACCUCACUAAUCUAGUAAACCAUGUAAACACCACCCAUAUCGGACCUCCCACCAACGCCACGACCACGACCACCACCAACACCCAGCCUAUGUCAUCCAUCAAUCCCAAAAACAUCUGCUUGUGGGAAAACUGUUCACGUUACGGAACAGAGCAACCAAGCAGGUUUUCUCUAAUAUCGCAUUGUCGUACACAUACUGGUGAGAAGCCAUUUUUCUGUCCGAUACCUGAAUGCGAAAAGCAUUUUACGCGAUCAGAUGCCUUGACUAAACAUGUAAAGGGAGUUCAUGAUUUACAUAAUAUCAAAGAUCAAUUGAGUGCAUUGAAGGAGAGUACCAGGCGAGGAAAAUUGGAUUUGGGGUUCAAUGUCGAAAACUUGAGUGAUGAAGAGUAUGCUAGGAUCGUUGAUGAUGAUUUUGAAUUGAAGAUGCCAUGGUGGUUUAAUAACGAAUUUGUGCAAUUAUUGAAGCAAGUGGAUGCGAGAAAGGAUAAGGGAUUCACUAUUGGUGAUGUUGAAAAUCUCCCACUUGACGCAAGACAAUAUUGGUUGAAUGAUAUUAGAAUUAAACAAUUUCUAAAUUCAAAACAGGAGGAAGAUGCAAAAUUGAUUGAGGAUAAUGAUGCAAAUAAUGAUACUAUCAAUAUAGCCAAGAAGCAAUACCAGUCUGAACACCCCGAUGAAAUUAUUCCCGAAAUCAACAGUAAUAAAAUUUUACAGUUUUUAUCUCAUGAUUCAAAACAUUUGGCAUCAAAAUACAUUACAAAGGACCCGGUACUCGACGAAGUUGACAACAUUGAUAAAAUUACCGAUGUGUCCCAGUUGAAACAAAUACAUGAUUCGUUAUUGAACCAAUUGAAUACUGGAUUGAAGAUCAAUAAAAUUGUAUCGAAUCAACUAGAAGCCAAGAUCAAAGAGAAACGGCAAUUAUGGGUCCGUAACCAAUUGCUUAUUGAUGCUAACUUGCAAAUUGGAUUGCCUCCUGAGGCAAGCUCUGCACCACAAAGAGUAAUGCAAGAUAGGUAUGAUGAGGAAUUAUUACGCGGUUGA